GAAUAAUCGUGGAUAAUCCUUUAGAGUUAGAUGUGUUUACCAAUUACACUAAAGAAAUUUGGUAUGAUGAAGAUAAAAAACCACAUAAACGUGAAGAACUUGUUAAUUUGAUUAUGAAAUUAUAUAAAUCUAUAAAAGAUAACAUAUUUGUAUUAGGUGACGAAAUGUUAUCAAAACACUCUGGUAUAAUUGAUGUUUAUUGUAAUUAUUUAUCAAAGAAUCCUGUAGAUAUAGAUCUCAAAUUGAUAAAAACUAAAGUUAAAGCAAUUUGUGAAAAGCUUCAGGCGAAUUAUACUCAAAAUGUAUACACAGAUCUCGAUUCAAUAUUGGAAGUG